AUGAGCCCUCUACACGACCAAAUCCACAUCCCAGAUCUAGUAGACGCUAUGAUCACCCUACGCCUCAGCCUCGGCCUCAUAACCCUAUAUACCGCCCUCCUCUUCCUAACCCGCACCACAACAGCCACCGCCCCAGUCUCCAGCAGCGACGGUUUCUGCGCCAGCUACAUCAUCCAAGGAUACGAUACCUGUGCCCUAAUAGCGCAAGCCCACGACAUCACAGAAGCCGACAUCGAAGCCUUCAACACAAACACCUGGGCCUGGCUAGGCUGCAACCAGCUAUACCAGGGCGACUUCAUCUGUCUGAGCGCCGGGGACCCGCCUAUGCCCAUGGCCAUGCCGAAUGCCGUCUGCGGGCCCCAAGUCCCGGGUACAACGCGCCCGGCAAGCUGGGCGGAUCUCGCUUCUAUGAAUCCGUGUCCGGUCAGCCAGUGCUGUGGUACCGCGGCGGACUUCUGCAAUGCGAAAGCCCGCAAGCCGGCGGCUGGUAUGACCGCGACGGUGAGCGCCGCGACGGACGUGUUCAUGGCGAGCACGCUUGCUACGCAGGUGAAGGGCUCCGAUAUGCAGACGACGCAGGCGGGUGCCGGAGAGGCUGCGACUACGUCUGCACCCACUUCUGGAUCAAGUUCUGCAGCAUCAUCUGCGGCGACCACGACCUCGGCUGCGGACGAUACUUUCCACGUCACUGACGAAGUAUAUGUCUUUCCACCCGCGUAUACAACACCGUGGGAGAUAACGUGGUAUAGCGAGUUGCACUGCGAAGGCGACUAUUACCAUAUGGAAGGGUAUAAUGAGGAUUAUAUUACGGGAGCGGAGGGGUGUUUGAACUUGCGGGGUGGGUUGAACAGUUUGCUUACAGCGACGAAUGUUACUUGUAGGUGGUGGACUAAUGGUGGGCUUACGUGGUCUGAUUGUGAUUCUGGGACGAUGGAGGCGCCUCAGUCGUGGGUUGUUAAGAAUGGGAGGUGUAUGGUUUUCAAUGGGCAGGGGUGUGAUUGUUUUGAUCAUCAUGCUUUGUCUUAUGUUCCUCUAGGGUGUCAUAAUCGGACGCCAAGGGAUACCCCUAAGUUUAUGUCUUUUGAGUGCCGUCUUGAAUCCGAGGAUUGA